UCUCGCUUAGUCAGUUGGCGUCGCGACGCCGUCGCCAGAGGUAUUCGAGGAUCACACACGAUACAAUUGCCGGGGUAUUAUCUCUGUUUCUGACAUAAACGGAGAUAAUUAUUCAAAGAGACGUUCAGUGUACGCGAACGGUGAACAUCACAAUUCAAUUUUCACCUUUGUUCCAGCUUCGAGAAGCUGUUUCUUCGAGGAGGAAGGAGCAGAUUUUCAUAAAGUGAAAAGUAUAUUAUUAACGAAUUAAUCAUUAAAUGAAAAACGAGAUUAAGACUGCGUGUCAAAUGUGAGGAUUCUAGCAGGAUCUCGCAGGAUCACAUCUUUCGAAAUCACGUUAUGUAUAUCGUGUCGAUGUAGAGUGCAUUAUCGAUGAGCCACGAGCUUUUCAACUUUGUCCCAAUCGUUCCCAGGAGGAGGGUUUAAUUCAAUUCACCAUCCGGUGUUAAGGAUCGUUCGUUCUCGAUACAAAUGACGCGCAUCAAGAUAACAAAGGGCACGACCGAUGUGUUCUCAAUCAGAGUCAAAUGACGAACGAGCCUCGUGAUUCCUUCGAUCAGCAAGAAACGAAGGAAUAAGAACAGACAGAAGGGAUUCUUUUUGUUGAAGAGUAUCCUGCCGGAGGAGAAGAGUGGAAAGGGAUCAGCAAUCAGACUUAUCAGACUUAUAUUAGCAUUUCAUCGAAUAAUAAUAAUAAUUAUAAUAAUAAUCUGUGAGAUUUGUCAAGUUUGAUCGUUGCACAAUUUGUACAAUUUGUACUGUCAAAUAUACAUGUAUCGUUUGGUGAUAUUUGUUGUGAGUAGAUGUUUGGAAAACUCUAGUAUGUAUAAACCCAAGCUAAGUUUAAUGAUCAUUUAAUUAGAGAAGUGUUUAAUUAAGGAGAAGUAUCUACAAAAAAACGGUGAAUUCGAGGUUUCUCCAAGAGAGUUUUAAAAGGAUACAAAUUUGCUAAAUCAACCCUUAAAUCAAAAAUAUUCGAGUGCCUAAAUUUGUCGGGACGUUCGCGGACAGUUAAUCUAUUUAUUUCUAAGAUGCAUCCAGGGUCGUUGACCUAUGGUAUGUCGCUCGAAUAAUUUUAGGCAGUCACGAAUUUGGAAAUUAACUGUGCCAUUGAGCUCGAAAUUAAAAAGGAGCAUGGUCAAGAUCAAUGAAUGAACUAUCCACACGUGUCUGUUCUUUUUAAUCACGAAUGAUUUACGUACGAUGAUAUGUUUUCAACGUUUAUUCUGUUCUCUUAUUUCAUAAGUAUUUACAAGAUAUUAAAAUGAAGAAGAAAAAUUGAAUUAUUAAAACUAUAUAAUUUUUUUUAAAAUUAAUAGCAUAUUGAUCAAGGACGUUUUAGAUUAUCACACGGUGGUUUCAAGUUAAAAGAUAUUCCACCAGAAAGGUUCAAGCAUCUUGGAAUAUACUCGAUUUGCGAAACAUAUUCGAUUAUUCGACGACCCGAUUUCUGUGGUAAAUUCCGCGUGGAAUUUUGAUUAAGACUUGCCAACCGAAUUCGCCAUCAUGAUUUAUUUAUACGCAUGUUCUCAAAUGAAAUAAUAUUGGAUUCGAAGAAAGUCGCCUUUGCCGAAGAUUCUCUAUCAAUUUCCAACGCCGUUUCCAAAGCAUAAAAUAUCAUACGUGAUGUAUUUUGUAAUAAAUGUAUACGUGAUUUAAUAAUCCAGCCAAUCUUCUACUAGAAUACUUUCCUUAAGGUAAAGAUAAAGCUAGUGUUAAUUGAAAAACUCAAAGGAACAUUAUACUAUUAAGAAGAAACAAUGGAGAAAAGAAAGAUGAUUCUCUGAUUGUUGUUUCAAGUGAGAAAUCUUUUGAUUAAAAAUAUUCUAAAUUAUAUUAGAGACUGUAUUGAGAUCGAGGUCAAUCGUGAUUAAAUUUAAUAUUAUACCAUAAAAGGAUUGUUGUUUUUCUUUAUCGGCGAAAAUAUAUAUCUUUGCGGAAAUGUCAAGUUCGCCAGAUGGGCGGAAGGCCCCUCCUCCGAGGCUGAAGAUUCAACUUCCUUUACCAGGGCAGUAUUAUCCGCAGACUGGUAUGGGAUACGUUUCAACCCCGUAUGGUCAAACUCCUAUGCCGAUGACACCGGUUUCCGGUCAACCGCAGAUGCUUUACGCGAACAAAGCCAGCGAGUUUGUAUUUAGCCAGUUCAAAGGUAUCAAGGAUCUGACCAAAUCCGGAUUGAGCGUCGGCGAGAAGAGCGCGUUUUGGCUUUACGAGAAGGUCAGUUCCUGGAGCAAACGAUGGUUCACGCACAUUUUCUUAUUUGUUAUCGUGCUUUUGUACAGUAUUGGAGGCGCGAUGAUAUUUGUCACGAUCGAGGGAACCAACGAAGAAGUGGCGCAUGGUAACAUUCGAAAAGAAAGGGACAAAACAUUGACCACGAUUAGGGAGCUGUGCAACGAUCAGGUAUUGGCUACGAAUUCGGAUCUUUGGAAUGGACGAGCGAGGAAUGAAUUGAUGAAAUACGAGGAACAUUUGUACGAUUAUUUCAAGCGUGGGUUGUCGGAUCAUGAGCAGAAAGUGUGGACCUUUUGGAACGCUGUGUUUUACUGUGGUACCAUUUAUACCACCAUAGGAUACGGCCACAUUUCACCCAGUACCAACACCGGAAGAGCAAUCACAAUAGUUUACGCUAUCUUCGGGAUCCCUAUGUUUCUGAUAAUACUGGCUGAUUUUGGCAAAUUAUUCACACGUGGUAUCAAGUUCCUUUGGGCGUUCGUCAGGAGGCUCUACUAUACCGGAAGUUGCCGGAAAGUUCGUCGAACUGUACCUGUCCAAGAGGUAAUGAAAGGCGUGCAAUUGGUGUACGAUCUAGCAACGUUUAAGAGGCCCUCGCAGAUCAAUCCGGAGGAUAUUGAAGAAAUGCAGAAACAGGCACAACAAUCUCAAACUGUUCUCAAUUUGGAUGGAAACGUGCCUGACACACCUGAAACACCAGCGAUGUCAGCGUUCGCUGUCGACGACGAGUUCAAUUUACCGAUCUCUGUUGCCAUCUUUAUCCUUGUCGUUUACAUCUUCAUCGGCGCGGCUAUAUUCUGGUGGUCGGAAGAAUGGGGCUUCUUCGAGAGCUUCUAUUUUGUCUUCAUCUCCAUGAGUACUAUAGGUUUCGGCGAUUACGUGCCACAGAUGGUAAGCUUUGAAAAUCAAAAAGGUCAUCAUCAACAAAUAGACAAACUAACAAAAAAAGAUACAUAUAAUACGAAAAAUCGUACAACAUCGUAUAUACAUUAUUCUCAUCCCGUAUACAUGAUGGGUUCGAUAAUAUACCUGGUGUUCGGCCUGGCCCUCACAUCUAUGUGCAUCAAUGUUGUGCAGGUGAUGUUAUCAGAUUCAUUCAGGCAUGCAAGUCAGAAGAUUGGCGCGACGAUUGGCUUUGAAGUCGCUGAAGAGGAUCGAUCAGUGAAUCCAGUGAUUCCUCCACCUGUUGAAAUAGCUGAUGUUCAUGUUUCUGUCAAAGAGUCGGAUAGCGGCGAGAGGAUCGCACCCAAAGCCAAACAAGAGGACAUGGAUUUAUAGAAAUUUUCUAAAAAAAAAUUUUUAAAAUUGAAAAAAAAUAACAAAAGAAUAUUCGAAUCAUCCAAUCGAUUGCUGCGUUCGCACAACAAGCACCAAUGACACGCGCGCAUUUCCGCUUUAAAGCCAUGUUUGUUCGCUCGCUUAAACGAACAAUGUUCAAUGACGAAUUAAAAUAAUGGAAAUAAAGAUACACACACAAUUAUAUAUAUAAAUAUAUAUAAUUCACUUUGAGAUUGGUGCUCGAUCCAAUAGCUGUUCACAUGUGUAUAUGAACAGUGUUAUAUAUACAUAUAUAUAUAUAUAUAUAACGGCCAAUCGACACUUCUAACCUCUUUAUGGGACACGGGCUGUUAAAACAUAUGAUCUACCAAUUACUGCACUCUAGUCAUAACAAAAAAUACACGUAAUUAUGAAUUUCUUUACGUUUGGUAUGAAACUAUCUUUGAAGCAUUUUUUGAUAACUGAAAUUAUAUUAUUAAUAUAUUAGUUUCGAUCAAUUUACGAAUCGAUACGAAAUUCGAGUUUAUUUUUAGAUUUUUCUAAUUGGAAAAUUAAAGUUAAGAUAAGUAAGUUCCGUGUCGUGCAAUCAUUGAAAGAAUUCCAAUGCAUGGUAAAAAUAUUAAGAGAGCAAAGAUAUUUUUUAAUUCUUAAAAA